AUGGUCAGCGAUUUAACUUCGCAGGGUCCGCUCAAUUCGACUAUCAUGGCCGAUUCCACUCCAGAAGAGGCGGCCCAGGAAGCUAGGAGUCUGGCAAGGGUCAAGGAGCAAGAUGAGGAAGCGAUGCGCCUAGAGCGCGAGGCCGUGCAAAAACUUCGAAAGAUUCGAAAAAACCGAAACCUAGUCAUAUGCGUUGGUUCAGGCGUGACUCUCUUCUCGACGAGGAAUGAUGACGGGGAAACCCGAGACCGAUUGAAGUGGGCGGGCUUUAUUGACAAUGGCUUCGGCUACCUCCAGAGACAAAAGCCGAGUUUCUACAGGGACAACCAGAGGAAAUUUGCCCAAGCAGCGAAGAUGCUCGACGACAAAGACCGCACAGUGGAAGAGGUCCUCUACGUCGCUAGUACACUGACACAAUUUAUGGGCACACAAUCUAUAGAUACACCUGACUAUUUUGCAGAUUGGUUUAGCACACAAUUCGAAACGCUCUAUGACUACGUGAAAUAUCCCGCCAUUCUCGAUAGUCUGAAUAAACUCCACGAAGCCGGUGUUACCCUUAUGACAACAAACUACGACGGCUUGAUCGAGCGCCAUUGCGGUUUGCAACCCCUCGAUGGCUCUCAGCCGCAGCGACUCGUGCGCUUCAACCGGAGAGAGUUAUCCGACACGGUCCUUCCCCCCCACGGCUACUGGGAGAACACAAAGCAUAUUGUGUUGGAUUCCCGACAGUACUAUGAGGUCCAGCGUAAAGACAACGACGUGCGACAGACGUUGGAAGACAUGUUGAAGGGGAGGACGGUGGUGUUUGUUGGCUGUGGAGCGGGCGUAGACGAUCCCAACUUUGGCCAACUCUUGCAGUGGCUUGGUAAGCAGCAGAGGGAUGUUAGCUACGGCCACUACAUCUUGCUUAAAAAAGGGGAUGAUUAUCCAGAGCUAGAAGGCUUGCCUUUGAGAAAGGUCCAUGUCGCGGAGUUCGAGGACAUUGCACAAUGGCUGGAUGACCUGUUGUUGGAUCCGAGCGGGAGCUCAGACGGCACUCCGAAUGCGGAGAUAAACCUCCGUCACCGGGCCAACCCACCGAUCACCUCAACACUACCUCCUGUUCCAAGAGUUAGAGUAGAUGCCCCUCCCUUAGCGGCGGCGCCUGCCGACCCACAUGCCCCUUUCGAUGCAACAACACGUAUGUCGCCAACCGCCUUGUGCGAGGAAGGCUCAGGACUCAUGCGCUCGUCGAAAGGCAACCGAAAGGCCGAAGCAGAGAUAUUCCAAAAGACGGGCACGCUUCAUCAAACCCUCGAAGGCCAUAGAGGCUGCGUCGAGGCCGUCGCAUUCUCGCCAGACUCCACAACACUUGCCUCGGCUGCAGAUGACAAGACUAUCCAGGUCUGGAAUGUAAACACGCUCCAUAGAAUCACUCGCCUCAGUACCAAUUCCUAUGGCGCUAUGGGCAAUGUUAGAGAUAUUGAUGAAGCGUUCCAGAAGGCAGCUGAGAAGGGCCACAUGCUGGCAACAAAACGGUUGCUCCAGAACUGUGAGAACAUCGCAUCCAGACGUGACUUCUGCGAGCAUAAAACAUCAAUAGCAUGCCAGCUGGCUUCUAUAGGGCUCUGUUGUGCGUGCGCCGAUCAAAGGCCCAUCUCAGACCACUAUGAAAUUUACGCCGAUGGUAAAGGUCUCACCCAAACCACAAAAAGGUGGCUGCACUAUUGUCCAUCAUGUAAACGUGAGCGUGGUCUACCUAAUACAGUGAGGGCGCUGGACUAA